AUGAACAUACAGUUCCUCGCUGAAACCGAUCCAUCGCCAAAGCAACAAGAGGAACACGUAAAUAAUAAGAAAGAAAUGAACACCGAUGUGAAUAUCACAUCUCCACCGUCAACUAGUCUUCUAGUGCGCUUUCUACACUUUCUCUGGGCCUGCCACAGUCAUGUGGAUCUCCCACUGGAGCGUACUCUCCAACGUAGUAUAGAACUCGCCCAGUUUACAGAGUCUAUUCAGUCACUUUGUGUUCUUCCACGACAACAAUUGCAUGUGCGAUGGGCAUUAUGGGAACUUUUACAUGAUGCCGUGGUCCGUGAGAAACAUGUGGAGGAAAUGGAAAAACAAUCACGUUUGUAUGGUGGUGGAUGGGCAAAGAAUAUUGCACGACGAACAUCACCGUGGACAUACUCUGGAGAACAUAAUAAUAAUAAUUAUGAUAAUAAUAAUAGUGGUAGUGGUAGUGGUGGGAAUGAUCCUACAACUUUGGGAACUAGUAGUAUUGGUAAUAGUAGUACCAGUAAUAAUAUGAGUACGACUACUAUUCCUACUAAUAAUAAUAGUACUGGUAGUAAUAAUAGAGCUAGUGAUUAUUAUCAUUAUUAUCAUUCUUCUUAUUAUUAUCAUCAUGGUUCAAAUAAGAAUGGGGCUGGUGGAGGAAUGACUGUUCAAUUCUCAAGAGAAAUGACUGAAGGAGAGGAAGAUGCGUUACUUGCAGCUCUGCGGGCCCGUGGACAUUAUCACGCCCGUCUCCCACGCCAUGCCAAUAACUGUUCACGACGUAGUCGAAAAAAUCAUCAUCAUAAUAGUAAUAGUAAUAGUAGUGGGAGUGGAAGUGUUAGUUCAUUUAAUGGUUCUCCUAUAGAUCCCAACAAUCUAGAUAGUGUUCUUGGUCCUGUAGCCUCUCUCACUAGUGGAUGUUCUCUCUGUAUGGCGGAGGGUCUUCUGCAGAGUUGUUGGAUGUGUGGACGUUUACUACAACUUAUAGACACUGUUGCCGCCUCACAUCUCUGUGCGGCUCCUCUUAUUAUUCCAAGUGAUGUUUUGUCUAUUACCCCACAUGAGGCUAUGUGUGUAGCUUAUCAUGUGGCACAGCAACAAUUACAACUUAGUAUUUCACUUCUUCUUUCUAUUGUGAUGGAACCGGAAUUGUCUACAUUAUCUCCAUCCUCGUUAUCUCCAUCCUUGUCUACACUGCGUGUGACGGCAGAAGAUGAAAAGAAACAUCACAUAAAGGCUGCAAAAGCUAUUGCGGCAGUAGCACAGCAAGGAUUAGAUCUCUGUGUUCAUCUUCUCACAGCACUACGUAGUUUGCGGGGGGAAAAUAAUGUGUAUAUAGUUCUUUUGCAUGCUGCCACGUUAACAUUCUGCGAUCGAGACGGUGUGAGUAAAGCCAAACAGCUGAUGAAGAAAUUUGUGACAUCAUUAUUAUUAGUAGAUGCGGCACCAGGAGCAGAAUCAAUAUCAACAACAACAACUACUACUACUAGUACUACAAGACGGAAAGCGAAAAAUAAUAAUAAUAAUAAUAAUAAUAAUAAUGAUAAUAAUAAUGAUCUUUACAAUAUGUGGCUUAGUAUAGAGUCUUUAGUAGAAUUAGGUGAUGGAGUAGAAACCAGUGAAGGGCAGACAUCACCGUCGUUGUUGCGAAUAGAAGAAGUAACCACAGGUGUACUCUUCACAGUAUACCUUGAACUCCUCCAGUUAAGGGAAUUACCCCUCUUAACUACACCUCAUACCUCAGAAAAGGAUAAACAUAUAAAUGAUACUAUAGAAGUUAGAGAAAUGGCAAUGAAUGUCUGUUGUCGUGCACGAGAUGUACUUGAUACGAUUGUACAACCACGUUUACUAAACUUGUGUGAUGCCGCGGAUGGAGCUGUAUGUACACGUGGAGUUCAACUACGAUCUCUUUACUGGCUACUACGUGGAACCCUCUCUCAUAUUUUAAAUACACUUUGCCUUUCACCAACCAAUUCCACCAUUUCGUAUACAUUCAACAAGGAGGAACCAUUAGAGUGUAUGCGUGAGGCGGUGAAGGGAAGUGAGGCGGCGCGGGAAUUUCUCGGUCAUCCAUUAGCACCGGAUUGGAUCAACACAAUACAUCAACCACGUAAUUCCCCAUCUAGUAGUGAUAUAACUAGAAUGACUACCACUACGGAUGUUGAGAGAAGUGAGAAGAAAAAUAAAAAGGAAGAAGAAGAAAAGGAAAAGAAAGAAGAAGAGGAGUGUAUGUAUGGGAUUGGGCGUUGGCGUUUACAGGUGGAGUUGAAUUCUCAUGAUGAUAAUAAUGAUAAUAAUAAUAAUAAUAAUAAUAAUAAUAAUAAUAAUAAUAAUAAUAAUAAUAAUAAUAAUAAUAAUAAUGGGCGGCGGCCUGACGGUGGGAAUGAAUCUAAACAAGAGUAUAUCUCACUAUCACCACAGGAACGUGUCACUCAAUUGGCACUCUUACCACUACCCAUCAUGCGAUUGUGGUUUGUUCUCGCCCGUACGGUAUUUCGAAGUGUAUCUGCAGAUCUUGUCUCUCUACGUGCACGUGAGGAUGUACAUAACUCAACAUCAACAACAAUAAUAAAGCCAAUGGCAUCAUCUACAGAUCCACUCCCUGCUGUUCAUAUGGCUACUGCUGCUGCUGCUGCUGUUGCUGCCCAUGAGAAUAAUAAUAAUAAUAAUAAUAAUAACAGUGGGAAUAAAAAAGAACGAAAAGGUGCGGCCGCCGCUGCCCAACGAGCCGCCAUGGCACAACGGGAGAAUCAACAUCAAAUGGAAGAGACACAACGUCGUACUGAACACUCAUCACUUGGUUUUUGGUAUCGCUGGCAUAAAGCCAUUUAUACACAUUCUCUUAUGUCUCGCAGGAUGAGAAAAGGAAUAAUAUCAUCUCUUCUUGGCCGUUUUCAGCAGGUGAUGUGUUUUGUGAAUGAAGAUCCUUCAACUGUAAAGACACCGUUUAUGCGUGUGUUAAGUGAGGUUUACCCCAUUGCUGCAAGUCAGCAAGAGGCAUUUACAGCAGCCCAACUCAUUGAUCCUGAUCUUCUUUCUACACAAGAAGAAGAAGAUAAGGAUAAUAAUAAUAAUAAUAAUAAUAAUAAU